GCGUGGGGGGGAAGGGCAGCAAGCUGAACCUGCGUCGAGUCUGAAGUGGCUCGGCAGGCUCUGAGCCCUUUGUGAGUAUUGUGACGAAGACACUUCAACAGGCGCCAGCGGCAGAUUCACUCUCCAAGGCUGUGUUCUUUAAGACACCAUCAUAACACAUUCUAAGCUUUAGCGGUGAAACAACUUUGGCAUCAACCAUCAAGCUUUGGUUCAUUUGGAGGCUAAUUUAGGAUGCACUUGGACAAAGGACAUAAAUGGACAAAGGCCUAUUUGUGUUUUAUCAAGACAUCUGUUCAUGUUUUAUCUUCUGUGGACCUUUUUGCUCAUAGAGGACUAUCAGUUGUUUUUUACUUCCAGCGAUAGCAUACGUGACGUCCGUGAAUCGAGUAUCAGAUUUUAUCAGCCUGACGUAUCUAGGUAAGUCUACACCUAGAUCAGCUCAGCGCUUUGGUUCAUGUGAAGUUAGAGGGCCAGAGCUGCUGACAGAUGUGGAUGACAUCAAUUAUACCCUACCUACAAACCCACUGGGCCGGAUGGUGCCGUUUCUGAAGCUCGAUCAAUCGAAAAUAGGUGAGCUGCCACUAGCGGCUGCACAGCUAUUGACUCUUCAAUAAUUCAUCAGUUUGAAAGACGGGGAAAGUAAGAGAGCUAGGAGUGACGGAUGGUGGUGGAGGAAGAGAAGACUAUCACCAGGUGGGAAAAGUUGAAAAACGCAGAGUUGAAGACAUCUGACUAGAUGUUGAAAAGAAACACAGAGACAUAAACUACUUUCCCUUCUCAAGCUUCUUAAGAUAUGACAGUGAGUGACUCAAAUUCAGGAUUGUGAAAGGCCCAGACAGAGAGGGCAGGUGUAGCAAAGGAGUGGGCCUUGAAGUGAGAAAGAGGACAUAGACAAGUGUUUUAAAGGUCACUUUCAGGUGGUCAGAAGACAUCGAGAGCAGCCAUCAUGGUCAACACAGGCAUGCAGCUGAUCAGCUUCACCUGCGCGGUGACAGGUUGGGUCAUGGCCAUCGCGGUGACGGCCUUGCCUCAGUGGAAGGUGUCAGCCUUCAUCGGCAGCAACAUCCUCACCUCCGAGAUCAAGUGGGAGGGCAUCUGGAUGAGCUGCAUCUACCAGACCACUGGCCACAUGCAGUGCAAGACCUACGACUCCAUGCUGGCUCUGCCCCCGGACCUCCAGGCAGCUCGUGCCCUCAUGUGUGUGGCCAUCUUCCUGGGCUGGCUGUCCUGCACCGUGUCCUGCUGCGGCAUGAAGUGCACCACGUGUGCUGGGGAUGACCGUCGCGCCAAGGCGGGCAUCGCCCUCUCCGGCGGCGUGCUAUUCAUCCUGACGGGCCUGUGCGUGCUGGUGCCCGUCUCCUGGACCGCCAACACGGUGGUCCAGGACUUCUACAACCCCAACGUGCCUGUCAUGUACAAGCGAGAGCUGGGCCAGGCAAUCUACCUGGGUUGGGCAUCUGCAGUUAUUCUGAUAAUCAGCGGAGCCGUGCUGAGCAGCACCUGCCCCCAUAUCGAGAGGGGUGGAGGGGAGUACCGCCGGGGAUACAUGGGCCGGAGCUUUCCUAACUUGCGCCCCUCCCCCCUCGCACCUGAUCCUCCGAAACCUAUCACCUCAAACAGCGUGCCCCUGAAAGAAUAUGUGUAGUCAGAGAAAAUAUGUGAAUAUAAUUGUAUGAAUUGGAGUAUGGGAAGGAGCAAGGUUGAGAAGAGGAAGUAGAAGGCAGGUGUAGGAAACAUUUUUUUGACUGUGAGGGGGGGUGAGGAGUUGUGACUUGGAAGGUUUUGAAGAUUGGAAGCAUUUGAUUAGAAGCUCUACUCUGCAGUAAUCUGUCACUAUUUUACUGUGAACCUGAUGCAUUUUUAUUUAUUGUAACUAAUAUUUUUCUAAUGUAUUUGUACAUAUUCAUCUCUACAUAUUGUUUGAGACUUUCCAUUAUGCCUAUCAUUAUUUGCCUCAUUUGUAUUCUAAUGUAUUUGACUACAUUACACAUUUAUUACACCGUGAUAUAUAGUAUUAGUGCACGGACAGCUCACAAAACUUCCAGCGAACGCCUGGAAGAAACAUCAAUCACCAUAAACAUCUUUAAGAUACUUGUUUUGUGUGCCUUGUGUUGUGAAGAUUGGAGUGAUUUCUUUCACAAUUCUUCUCAGAUGUCUGUUAAAUUA